AUGUCUAUUUCCAAUCCUGAUACCAUUAAAACAUAUAAAGGAAAACAACAGUUUUUACAGAAUAUUCGGGAUAGUUAUCGUCGCUUUUAUAGUGCUCCUGGAAUUGUUCGAUUUUAUUCUGAUAUCCUAUUUUAUAUAUUAUUUUUGGGUUUAUUCAGUUUUGUUUUGCUCGUCGAUUAUUUCCCGUUGAAUAUCUAUGGUGGAAAAAGAAAUGGGUAUGCAAAUAUUCACAUACCAAUAACAGAAAUAGUCUUACAUAUUUUGCUUUGGACUUUAAUUGUUGAAGAAAUUCGAGAAUUUAUUAUCCAUUGGGCUGAAAAACGCGCUAGUAGUAAUCGUUCAAUAGUUCGUACAUAUUUUACUGACGAUGGAUGGAAUAUUUUAGAUUGUACUGCAAUUCUGUUAUAUUUAAUUGGAUUUAUUGCCAGAUUUAUUGUUAUUGAACAAGCAUUUAUUGUCUCCAAGUAUGUUUAA